AUGAAACUCUUCAAGUCAGCUGUGCUGGUGUUCUGUCUCCUGCUCGUUGCGUCCGGAGUGAUAGCCCAGCAGGACUAUAGCUGUUCCCCCACCAGGCCAUGUAAACUUGGAUGCUGUGGUAAGAACAAUGUUUGUGGUCUUGGUCCCAGCUAUUGCGCACCCGCGAACUGCACUUCUACUUGCGGUGCCAAAAGCGAGUGUGACCCGGGCUGGGGAUCCACCUGGAGCCAGAGAGACAAGUGCCCCCUAAACGUAUGCGGCUCCAAGUUUGGCUUUUGCGGGACUACCAAGGAGUUUUGCGGCGACAAGAAGGUCAAGGCACCAAGUUGCCCUGGUGGCUCUUCCGCAGGCAAGCGAGUGAUCGGCUACUAUGAAGGGUGGUCAACAACGAAGGCCUGCAAUGGAUUGAACCCGGAGGACUUGCUCUACAUGGCCUACACUCAUCUCAACUAUGCAUUUGCUUUCAUUGAUCCGACCACGUACAAGAUUGCAAACAUGCAGGAUUCCGACUCGAAGUUCAUGCCUCGUCUUACAGCGCUGAAGAACUACAACCCUGGGAUGGAAGUCUGGAUUGCCAUCGGGGGCUGGAGCAUGAACGACCCUGACCAACCUACCAAGCGCACAUUUUCUGAACUGGCAGCAUCAAAGGCAAAACAAGAUGUCUUCUUCUCAUCUCUUCUGUCUUUCAUGAAUAAAUAUGGCUUCGAUGGAGUCGACAUUGACUGGGAAUACCCCGUCGCAGAGGAACGCUCUGGCAAACCUGCGGACUACAAGAACUUGGUCACCUUCCUCAAGAAUCUCCGAGCUGCACUCGGAAACAAAGGACUCACAAUUACACUCCCCGCAUCAUACUGGUAUCUCCAGCACUUCGAUCUCAAGAAUAUCCAGCCGUACCUGGACUGGUUUAACAUGAUGAGCUACGACUUACACGGCACCUGGGAUGGCACGAAUCCUUACCUGGGACCAUACGUCAACAGCCACACAAACUUGACGGAAAUCGACCGUGCACUUGAGCUCUUGUGGCGAAAUGAUGUUGAUCCCAAGAAGGUCGUCAUGGGUAUGGGUUUCUAUGGACGCAGCUUCACUCUCUCGAAUCCAAGCUGCAAAUCUGCUGGAUGUGGCUUCAGCGCCGGCGGUACUCCAGGCAGAUGCUCCGCUUCAGCUGGAACAUUGAUGUUCUCUGAGAUUCAAGAGAUCAUCGACAAAGGCGGUGCUCAAGUAACAACGGACAAGACAGCCGCUGUUAAGAUCGUCACUUGGGGCGGUAACCAAUGGGUCUCGUACGAUGAUGAGGAGACCCUCAAGUUGAAGAUGGACUACGCAAACGGCAAGUGUCUCGGGGGUGUCAUGGUCUGGGCUGCAUCAACAGAUGACGCCAAGGGAACUGCCAUCAAAGCUCUGGCAAAGGCUUCAGGCCGAACCGACUUGUCAAAAUCUCUCUUUGCCAAAGCAGUCAACAGCGACCCAAGCCAGUGUGUCUGGGGCGAGUGCGGCGUAUCGUGUCCAUCUGGUCUCGUACCUGUCGAGAGUUCGGGUAGCAACGCCAAUCCACUCGGCAUCGAGCUAGGAUGCAAUCAAGGGAAGCGCAACUUUUGCUGUCCGUCGAAGAAUCCACCGACCUGUAAGUGGAAGGGGAGUCCCAAGUUCUGUGGCGCGCUCGCGAAGAACCGAUGCAGCGGCAAAGAGAUUGAGAUUGCCGCCAGCACAGACGGAUGCUGGACUGGACACAAGUCUUUGUGUUGCACCAAAACUGAUUCCACGAGCACUCUUGACUCUUGCGAGUGGCUUGGUGCUGCCCCGUUCUGCUCGGCUGGCGCGACUUUCGGAUCUAUCCUUGGACUCGGCACAACACCUGUUGCUGGAGCAUUUUCUUUCCUUUCCUACGGCUGUCCCAACAAGGACAAGCCCAAGGAGCUUACUACUGGGAAGCAAGGAGAGGGCGGGCAGCAGACGUGUGCCUACAACGGAGGUUUCAAGAGCUAUUGCUGCAAAGAUCCCGUGCCCUGGAAAGAAUGCAAAUGGAGAUCUGGAAACACUGCCUGGGUUCAGUGGAAGCAGAUUUUGUCUGGUCCACUCGCCAAUCUCUUUUUCGACUUUUCGACAGACUGCAAGACCGGCUGCGAGAAUGGAGAGGUGACCGUUGCAACUGAUGGCUUUGGCUGCCGCUCCGGUACAUACUCGUACUUCUGCUGUGGCAACCCCAAUACGCCGGUCGAGCCUAAGUUACCGGAAAUUAGUCUCUGUCCUAGUCCUGCAAACUUGCCGGACCUGUCUACGACGCCAGAGGGUGGCUCGAGUCCCAAGAACGUGUUCAAAGAAGGCGAUGUCUUUGAUAAUAGCUGCAUAUUACCACCGACUAACAAGAGGCGACACAUGAUCCGGGCAGCUCGCCCGCAUCAAAGAGGAUUUGACAGCAAUGAUACAGGCUCAGAGGAGGCAGAGCAUCCAGCUCUCGCUGGCAUGGAUACAUCUGACCUCUUCGGUAGAUCGCUGGAGAAGCGCGGUGCCAGAGAUGUGGCUAUGAAAUUGUGUGCACCCGGCAAGCAGAGCAGCAGCAUCUACACUCAGAACUACCCGGGUGCGACCAGCAUCAUUCGUACUACUGGGAAGGCGUUCACUGUAGCCAAGCAAGGGGUUUGCGCCGCUGUUGGUAUCACAGCUUUGACUAAUCUUGAUCCAAAUACCAACUGGGUUACGGAGCAUGUUUUCGAAAAGCAGGAGUUCCGCGAUGCGGUAGAGUGGAUGAUGGAUGGCAACACUCCGAAAGGCGUCGCUCUCACGGCCGGGAAAGCCCCUUUUACUGGAGUUUUCGAUAUCAAUGGCUUAUUCCAGGAUGUCUGGCCUUCGAAAACAUACACCACCCUUACUGUUGUACGCGAUUGGGCAGGCAACAUAAACGACGCAUUCACAGGUCUUCUUGGUCGAACGACAGAUCAAGGCCUCAAUAAUGCGAACAUCGUCAACCUUCAGGUAUGCGACGCAGAUUUUAACCGCUAUAAAGAGUUCAUUGUCGCCGGAAGUGACUUCAUGAGCCAGGCGACGUGGAAGAACUACAGUCCUACAGGCCGCAUUGCCAUCUUGUCUGAUGUGAUUGACACCUUCGCGUAUCGGAGUGAAGCAAGCGUCAUCACCUCGUACCAAAAGACAUACGCUUCACUCGCCACCCUUUGGGGCGACUUUGGUCGAUAUGCUCUCAGCAAGGGCGUCAGCUACGACUUUGCUUCUGCCUGGAAGCAGAUUGUUCCGGCCAAUCUCGAGAGCCAGGUUUCAUCUGCUCGGACACUGUUUGAGAGUUAUGUCAAGAGCGAGCUUGCAUUUUGGAAAUCGACUGCUGCCGCGACCACGUACUCACCAGUCAUCGUGAAAGAAAUGACAGACAAACUGACGGACUGGCAGGGGAAGGUGACGACACUGAUUGCGCUCCCUAUAAGCAAGAUGACAGCUUGA